AUGCCAGUACCAACUGAUGAAAAUUCGUUUUCAUCGCCAACAAAACUUCGACGAGAGAUUAGUGGUGCAUCUUUGCAGACGAAUGGUUGUGAUGAAGAAACAGAUUAUGGUUCACCAUUAAGUCACCAUGUUUCAUUGAAACGUUUACACAAUCCAUUUCAAGCUCGUGUUUAUAAUUUCCUCGAACGACCAUGUGGAAUUCUCUGCUUUCUUUAUCACUUUUCCGUCUUUGUUGUUGUCAUUGGUUGUCUAGUAUACAGUUCAAUCUUAACUGUCUAUGUCGAACAAUCAUAUUCGAUUUUAUUCUGGAUCGAAUUCGUACUUUUUAUUCUCUUUGUUAUCGAAUAUAUCAUACGUGUUUGGUCAUCUGGUUGUCGGAGUAAAUACCGUGGUCGACAUGGUCGAUUGUUAUUUAUGCGUAAAGCCAUGUGCAUUGUUGAUCUAUUUGUCAUCAGUGGUUAUGCAAUUCUGCUAUGCAUGGGGAUGAAUAACACACAAUUCAGUAUUCAACUGGUGAGAUAUGUUCGUAUUCUUCAAAUUCUUCGUUUUUUGCACGUCGAUCGACGUUUGACAUCGUGGCGUCUACUUGGUUCAGUUGUUUAUGAUCAUCGUUAUGAGUUGAUUGCUACACUCUACUUUUGUUUCAUAUUUUUAAUUGUUGUGGCUUAUUUAAUUUGGUUAGUCGAAAAGGAUGAAACAAAACCACCUAGUGAAGAUAUGUUUCAUAGUUUUGCCGAUACCCUUUGGUGGGCGAUUGUCACAAUGGCAACGAUCGGUUAUGGCGACAAAUAUCCUCGAACUUAUAUCGGUAAAAUGAUCACAUCAUGUUUAUGUAUUUGUGGCGUCGCAUUUUGGACGUUACCAUCGGGUAUUAUUGGUUCGGGAUUUGCUCUAAAAGUCGAACAGAAGAAACGUGAGAAACAGUUCAAUCGGCUGGUGCCCGCUGCCGCAACUCUCAUUCAGAACUGGUGGCGUAUGGUCGCUGCGCGUCGCCCGAAUUUAGUUUCGACCUGGCGUAUCUAUCGUAUCGAAACCAAACGAAUGAAUAAAUACAAUCGUCAUGCUGGUUCGACAUUCGCAGUCAGUGUUACUGACAAUAUACAAAGCCCACUACGUUUACGGAACGGUCCUCAACCAUAUAAUUCAUCAACGAGCGGAGUACAAUUAGACAAAAUCUCUUGGCGCAAAGUGCAAAAAGCGGAAGAUCUAGAUACAAGUCAACGUGUGGCAAUUCGAAUGAUAAGAAUUAUCAAAUACCAUGUUGCGAAAAGAAAAUUUCGUCAAGCACAUAAACCCUACAAUUUCAAAGAUAUCAUGGACGAAAAUGCUCAAGGCAAUUUGAAAGUGAUGUAUACUCUCGCUGAUAUCCAACGUCGUUUAGAUCAAACAUUAGGUUUACCCAAAUCCUAUCCGAUCGUUCUAUCGGAUAAAGAACGCGAACAGUUGACGCUGAAUGCGAAAGUGCAACGAUUAGAAACGAAGUUAGCUGGACUGGAAAAACAAACGAAUCGAGUUAUUGCUUUACUGGAAGAAUUAUGUCAACGAUCAACAAAUGAAGAGAAAGAUCCGAGUGUAAAUCGAACAGCAGCUCUCGGUGAAGAAUUAACAACCAGAGCAUGA